GUGUUUCCGCUCUCACACCCGACGACAUUUACAACAACAAGACGGAGGAGCUGAGCUAGCUGGCUGGCUGGUACGAAGAAGAGACACGACGGCGCCGGAGGAACAAACAGAAACGCAGAAGACAGAAGACUGAUUGUGAAUGUACUGGGAAAACCACCACAGCUUUACAGAUGCAGCAGAUGUUGUAGAGGUUUAGCUUCCCAGGUGUAGCAGGGACAGUUUUAGUUGUUUUGGUUUGUUUUUAUGUCCAAAAUGAAGAUUUGAGGGAAGUGAGUCCUGAGUUGUGAAACGCAGCUCUCCUAAGCUCAGGUUCUUCAGAGCCCACAUUUCUAGUAAUAUGAGCCAUGGACCCUGGGGCAGUUGAUAGUCCUGUAACCCUGGUCAUUAAGGCCCCCAACCAGAAGUAUGAAGACCAGACCAUUAACUGCUUCCUCAACUGGACUGUGGAGAGGCUGAAGAGCCACAUCACCAAUGUGUACCCCAGUAAGCCGCUGUCUAAAGACCAGCGGCUGGUGUACUCAGGAAGGCUCCUUCAAGACCACAUGCAGCUCAGAGAGGUGCUGAGAAAGCAGGACGGAUACCACAUGAUGCACCUGGUGUGCACUUCACACAGUCCCCCCAGCUCGCCCGUCCCACGGAGCCCCUCCAUGGCCAAUCCCAGUUCUCCUGCCUCUGGCUCCAGCGGUUCAGACAGUGCCAGCUCCUCCUCUUCGGCCACCACACCAAAUCAGGACAGUCAGCCAGCAUCCUCCUCCUCCUCCUCUUAUACCCCUUCUGUCCCUGGAAGUCCUGACGGGCUGAGAUAUCGCGGCAGCUUCACCCCGUACAACCCUCAGAGUCCCCCUGGUGUCGCCCAGUGGCCGGAUGGAGCUCAGGUCCCUUUGCAAGGCGGCCUUCCCGCCAACAUGCCCCCCCACCCCAUGUACAUGCCCAUGCAGAUGCUGUGGUGGCAGCAGAUGUACGCACGCCAUUACUACAUGCAAUACCAAGCAGCAGUCGCCGCGUCUCAGCCUCCCAGCGCCCCGCCUCCCCCCUCUCCCUCACCCUCCCCCCACCAGGCCGCCCGGCCCAACGAAGCCGUGCAGCCGCCGCUGGGGCCGAACCCGGCGCCCAACCCUCUACCAGACAACCCGCCGGCCAACCCCAACAUCCAGAUGAACGCACAGGGCGGCGCUGUGUUAAACGACGACGAGCUGAACCGCGAUUGGCUGGACUGGUUAUAUACCUUGUCUCGUGCUGGCGUCCUCCUCAGCAUUGUCUACUUCUACUCCUCCUUUAGCCGCUUUGUCAUGGUGAUCGGCGCCAUGCUCCUUGUAUAUCUGCACCAAGCCGGUUGGUUUCCCUUCAGACUGGAUCAGCAGCAGAACCUCGGAGGAGGAGAACAGGCCGCGCCUCCUCAGGAGGAAGCAGAGAGACGUCAGGACAUACAGGAAAUGGAACGUUUGAUGGAUGAGGGGAUAGAGGAUGAUGACAGUAGUGAGGAAGGAGGUGGAGGCCCUGAGGACCAGACUGCUGCUGAUACUGAUGCUGCUGCUGCUGCUGCUGCUGAUGAUGCUGCUGCUGCUGCUGCUCUGCCUGAGCCCAACAUCCUCACCACCGCGUGGUCCUUCCUCAGCACCUUCUUCACCUCGCUCAUCCCAGAGGGACGACCUCACCCGGCAAACUAGGUAGACCCCCCCUCCUCCUUUUACCAGCAGGUGUCACUCUAAAGCAAUUCCCACCUUCCUCUUCACUGUCCUAACCACCCCCAUUUAUCUUAACAACUAUCUCUUGGAAACUGAUUCAAAAGAACAGUUUUUAAGCCAGAAGAUUCGACCCGAGCUACUCGGCUACAAACCGUCAACAUGCUGCCAACAAACGGGACCGCGACGAGGCGGUUAGAAAUGUUGUUGUUUAAAAUACAGAAGUGGUGUGAGGUGUUUCAGGGGGAGCAGAUGAACAUUUAUAGAAGAAAUGUCAUGGUAUGUUAUGUUAUUGGAGUAAAUGCUUCAGCAAUUAUGUUUUUUUGAUAGUGAAUAUAGUGACUUGCUGGAGUGAGAUGUCUUCCAUUCAAAGCAGUGAUAAAGUCACACUUCUUAAACCUUUCAAAUGAGACAUGUGACGUUAGUUUGUGGGAAAAAAACAAAAAAAAAACGGGAAUUUCCCUUCAGAGACGUGUCUAAACCAUGGAAACUAUAUCCCUGAAGACACUUUAAUGUAUGCACCCGAUGUGCAUAUGGACUGUGCGGCUGCUGAAGCACAUUGUUUUCUCACUUAAUGUAUGUACACAUGUAAGUAUAUGCAUCUGUAAUUCCUGAACAUAUAUAUAUAUAUAUAUGUAUAUGCUUUUUCAAUAAAAAAAAUCUUG